AGUUGUAUUUAAUUUAACCAAGCAUCCAAUAAAGCGAAACCCCUUCUUGUGUCUUGUGUCUGAACUCAAACACCAUUUUCAACUAGUCACUCAGAAACUAAUGACAACAACAAACUGAGUAGAAAAUAAGCAGAGAGAAAACAACAACUACAAAUUUUCUUUUCUUUUCAGUUAUGGCGAAUCAUCCUUCCGAUACACCCGCCGACGAUUUCCUUGAACAAAUUCUCGGUCUCCCGAAUUUCACCUCCGCCGACGGAACCGACGCUUCUCCGAUGAUGCUGCAACUUAACUCCGGCGACGCGGCCUCUCACCUUGGCGCCGGAGGGGGGUUUCAUGCACCGGUUUAUCAUUUGGGUUUGAGCUUGGACCAGGGUAAAGGAGGAGGGUUUUUGAAGCCUGAUGAAGCUUCCGGGAGUGGGAAGCGUUUCCGGGAGGAUCUUGUUGAUACAAGACCUAAGAAUUUUUUGCAGACUUUUCAUGGACAACCCAUGCCUACUACAGUUCCUGCUGCUCCACAACCACCAGCAAUGCGUCCUAGAGUGCGGGCAAGAAGAGGACAGGCUACAGAUCCCCAUAGCAUCGCUGAAAGGUUGCGCAGAGAAAGAAUAGCUGAAAGAAUCAGGGCUUUGCAAGAACUUGUUCCUAGUGUCAACAAGACUGAUCGAGCUGCCAUGCUAGAUGAAAUUGUGGAUUAUGUCAAAUUCUUAAGGCUUCAAGUGAAGGUUUUGAGCAUGAGUAGAUUGGGUGGAGCCGGUGCAGUGGCUCCACUGGUAACUGACAUCCCAUUAUCGUCAGUCGAGGAAGAAGGAAGUGAUAGUGGGAGAAACCAACCAGCUUGGGAGAAGUGGUCUAAUGAUGGCACAGAAAAGCAAGUAGCUAAGCUCAUGGAAGAAAAUGUUGGGGCUGCGAUGCAGUUUCUUCAAUCAAAGGCUCUUUGCAUAAUGCCCAUCUCACUGGCAUCUGCAAUAUACCAAUCGCAACCAUCAGACAACUCCAGUAUAGUUAAGCCUGAAACUAUUCCUCCUCCAUAGACAUGCCUUCAACAAUGCUUGGCACAUCAUCCAGUGGUCCCAUCGAGCACCUCAUCUACUACUUCUGGGGCCCACAAGUUAUUUGUCUGUUCCUAACCUCCUUAAUCUUAGUCAUUGAUUUGCAUAAAGUUGCAUUCAAAGUAGGAUGCCAUAGUCUUUUCUUUUUUUGCGGUUGUUUCAGCUUUUGUCAAUACAGGGUUCAGUGUCAAUACCUAAAAAAAUGCAAGCAAACCCUAUCCUGUCCAUGGAAAAUUUCUUGUAAAGGGAAAUAACUUGUCAAAAUUAAUUUAAUAUGCUUUUCCUUUUUGUAUAAAAAAGGAUGGAGGUUAGUGGAAGAUGAUGUAAGUGCUUUGAUAGUGGGGUUUUUAGUUUUUGUAGUGGGAUGUGGGACCUUGUAAAAGGUUAGGGUGGUAUCCAUAUAGUAUUUAUUAGUGAUGUAACUCUAGAGGAUAUGAAAUGUUGAAGUGCAAUAGAUAAUGGUUGCUUUAAGAAUGCUGGUGUUGCAAGUCCAGAAGAAAA